AUGGAGCAGGAGGUGGUUGCGGGGAUGAAGCAGAAGAAGUGCUGCCCGCUCCGGCGGUCGCGCAAGGGCUGCAUGAAGGGCAAGGGCGGCCCGGACAACCAGCAGUGCCCCUUCCGCGGCGUCCGCCAGCGCACCUGGGGCAAGUGGGUCGCCGAGAUCCGCGAGCCCAACCGCGGCGCCCGCCUCUGGCUCGGCACCUUCGCCACCGCGCUCGACGCCGCGCGCGCCUACGACGCCGCGGCCAGGGCGCUCUACGGCGACUGCGCCCGCCUCAACCUCUCGGCGUCGCCGUCCCAGAUGCAGCAGCACCCUCCAGCUCAAGGCAGUGGUGGCGCCAAUGGUAAUUCGGCGCCAGGGACACCGUGCUGCUCCUCCAACAACUCCAACUCCAGCGCGUCGACCCCGACCGGGACUCCCACGGACAUGGACUGCAGCGCCUGGAUGCAGCCGUCUUACUGUUACAGCACGGCGGAGGCGCCGGAGGACUUCGAGGCGUACGUGACGCGACUGCCCAAGGCGGAGGACUUCGGACUGGAGGGGUUCCAGGAGGUGCCCCUGGAAGUGCUGGCCGAAGCCGGAGGAGGGGUCAGCAUAUGGGACCUCUCCAUCGCCCCUGACAUGGCUGCAGCAGCCGCUUCUUCAGCUGCUGCCAGUGCCUGCACUGUCCCCCAACAGCCGCUGCAGCAACCCAGCUGCUGAGGUCCAGAUCGACGUCGACAUAGAAAGUAAGGAGUGGCCGUGAUAUAUAGUGCAUAUACAGCAUGCGGCAUGCUGGUCACUGGCCGUGGUGCAUGCAGCUAGAUAGCUACGUAGUUAGUACUAGUAUUUGCUUUUUCUCCGUCGUCGCAGUAGCAUACUAGCAUUAAUAUUGGUGGGCAGGUGAGAGUGCAAGUGUGUGUAUGAUAUAAUCGUGCGUGGGAGCAGGGGUAAUGAAAUGAUCAGUC